AGAAUUUAUGAUACACACAUGAGAUGAGAGGAGAGGAGUCAACUUGAAAGAAAGAAUCAAAGUUUGAUAAACAAUAAAACCCGAUCAAACUGUUUCCAAAUAUAAAACCCUAAUCACCCAAAUUCAUCAAAUCGAUAUCAAUUUCCUCAAAUUCUCCUCUUCAUCGCUCAAUUUAUUGAGAGAAAUAGAGGAAUUUUGGUAUCUGGUUGAUGGUCUCAUGGGCGCAACGGGGUCUAAGCUCGAGAAAGCUCUAGGAGACCAGUUUCCUGAAGGCGAACGCUAUUUUGGACUCGAAAACUUCGGUAACACUUGCUAUUGUAACAGCGUCUUGCAGGCUCUAUAUUUCUGUGUUCCAUUUCGCGAACAACUACUUGAAUACUACGGGAAUAUUAAAAAUCCAGGAGACAUAGAAGAAAAUCUCCUCACAUGUUUGGCAGAACUGUUUAUGCAGAUUAGUACACAAAAGAAGAAGACAGGCGUUGUUGCUCCAAAACGCUUUGUACAAAGAGUGAAGAAAGAAAACGAGCUUUUCCGUGGUUACAUGCAUCAGGAUGCACAUGAAUUUUUGAAUUUCUUGUUAAACGAACUAGUUGACAUACUAGAGAAAGAAGCCAAUUCGUCAAAAGGUUCAAAAGAGCAUUCAUCACCUUCUGAAAAGAUUCCCAAUGGGAUACAUGUUCCUCAGGCCAACGGUGUACGCAAGGAGCCCUUGGUUACUUGGGUUCACAAAAAUUUUCAGGGUAUACUUACAAAUGAAACAAAGUGUUUGAGGUGCGAGACUGUGACCGCAAGGGACGAGACGUUUUUAGAUUUAAGCCUUGAUAUCGAACAGAACAGUUCAAUUACAAGCUGUUUAAAGAACUUCAGCUCCACUGAAACCUUGAAUGCUGAGGAUAAAUUUUUCUGUGACAAAUGCUGCAGUUUGCAGGAAGCACAAAAGAGGAUGAAGAUCAAGAAACCGCCACACAUCUUGGUUAUACACUUAAAGCGGUUCAAGUACAUGGAACAGUUGGGCAGGUACAAAAAGUUAUCAUAUCGUGUCGUUUUUCCUCUCGAGCUGAAGCUGACCAACACCAUGGAAGAUGCUGACUGUGAGUACUCGUUAUUUGGAGUGGUGGUUCAUGUCGGCAGUGGGCCCAACCAUGGCCAUUAUGUAAGUCUGGUCAAAAGCCACAACCACUGGCUGUUCUUUGAUGACGAAAAUGUAGAAAUGAUUGACGAAUCUGCUGUUCAAACCUCAUUUGGGUCAGCCCAAGAGUACGCAAGCAACACUGAUCAUGGGUACAUUCUGUUCUAUGAGAGUCUCGCUGCCAACAGUGAUCGUUAAAUGGUGUUUUGUGUUUUUUGGUUUUUGUGGUAUCAUCCAUCAUAUAGGGGGGGGGGGGGGGAUUUGGGAUUAUUAGAUGAGAAGAAAGUUGAGAUGGGUUUGAUGUACAGUUGAUGCUGCUAUAACUAUUUGGUUUCAUCCGUUUUUAGUUGUAACAAUAAAGAUGCAUAUGUGGAUGAUAGCGAACACGUCGUUUUAAACACUAAUACGAUCAUCAAAGACAACGAUGAUAAGUCCCUUGACGGGUUGAGAAAUGUUAAUUCAUCGUCUUGUUUCUUGUUUUG